AUGGCGUGGUUCUCAACCAUUGCAUGGAGCCUUUGGGAGAGAAGGAAUAGAAUCUGUGAGAACCAGCCGUCGUGGCCUCUUCAUGGAAUUGGGAACAGAGCAAAAGCGAUGGUGCUAGAAUUCUUUGACACACACGCACAGGUCCCGGGUUCAACACCACGGUUUCCUCGGGUUAGAUGGUCACCGCCUCCAGUGGGUUUUUAUAAAGCAAAUUUUGAUGCGGCUUUGUUUGAGGAGAGCAAUUUCGCCGGGAUAGGAGUGGUUAUCAGAGACUGUUAUGGUAAAAGCGUAAGUCAAAAGAUCUUACUGCCUCAGUCUGUCGAGCAAGCAGAAGCUUUAGCAGCGAGCCGAGCGGUGAAGUUUGCAACAGAGCUCUGCCUUUUUGAAGUGAUCUUUGAAGGAGAUAGCUUACGGGUUAUUGCUGCUAUAAAUUCUUCCGGAGCAUGCCACCCCAUGUUUGGUCAUAUUGUUGAGGAGAUUCGUAGCCUCGGCUCCUCUUUAGCCAGCUGUCAAUUCCAACAUAUUUGUAGGGAGGGUAAUGCCUUGGCUUAUGCCUUGGCUAGAAGAGCAGUUUUAACUGCAGAUACUGAUAUUUGGGUGGAAGAGCUACCUACAGACUUGGAAGAUGUAUUUCAAUGUGCUUUAAGUCAAUAA